AAGCCGUGCCAAACUUGCCUGCUCUCUGAAAGCGGCUCGCCGCCUCAUACCUACGGUUUGCCCGGGGUGGGGUGGGGGUGGCUGGCAAAUUUCACGCUGCGCCCCAGAGAGAGCCACCGUUUUGGAGAUUUUUUUUUUUUUUUUUUAGAGUCGGUGGAAAACUUUUGAGAAAGAGUACCACUGCGGAGAAAUACAGCUGCGCGGCUCAACUUCCACCAGCAGCCCGAGGGGAACGGGAGGAGGAGUCAACAGGUCCCAGAGCUUAGGAGCUGCAAUCGAUUCAAGGGGAGAUUUCCUUGGACAAGGACAGGGAGAUUGACGUUUUUGGGAAGAAGGGCUCGUCCGAGGAAUCGAUGCGGACAGUCCACCAGCCGGAAGCCCAGUUGGCCGAGCAGCACACCACUCAAUCAGUCUGAGCAGCAACACACAGGGCUGCUGGCGAACAACAGAGGCAGAGGCUGUGCGAGUGCAAAGAGGAGGCCCGUCCAAGGAGAGGAGCUUUGUUUUGGCAUCAUGUGAUCUGCGCAUUCCCUAGGAGCACUCUGCAGUGGAAGCAUCACAACCACUAGCACCCCUAUCACCACUACCACCACUCCUGACUGCAGUCAUCAAAGUCACCUGUUCUUGACUCAACUUGCCUUCUGUUUCUUUCUCCCCCCUUCUUCUUGAAGAUAAGGAAUGGCCCUGCUACUUUCCUGCCUCCCCAACGCCUCUUGCAAAUAAGGCCUUUCAGCUUGUUUCACAAUACCGGAGAAAGGAAGGCUAAAACGCUCCUCAGUCCCCCUUUUAUACUGCCACCCUGUGUUUCUUUUUAUCUUUGUGUCCUUAGUAACUCAACCCUCAACAAACACAUUCACGAAAACCAGCAGGAUUUUUGUCUUGGUGACAUCUACUGCAGCCAUUUUAAGGACCAGUUUCCAAACCAUAAGGAUUUUUACAACUUUGCCUGGCAGUCUUUUGGAAUAUCUACGCAUCCCGCGUCCUUAUGGGGGAUUAAAUCAGUACAGGAAUCCACACAGACUCUUCUUUGGCUCUGUUAGAUCUUGUUAAGGUGGUUUUUUCAGUGAGGUCUGCUUGUGACUGGAGGGUGGACUGAGCCAUCAUGGCUGGGAAGGGCAACCCGGUGCCGAGCCCCCACCUCAACGGCUUCCCCAUGCCCACCUACUCCUACUUCUUCCCCCACAUGUUGGGGAGCCUGUCGCCGCCAGCCCUGCCAGGACUGCCCAUCAGCGGGUACAGCACCCCUUCGCCAGCCACGAUAGAGACCCAGAGUACCAGCUCAGAGGAGAUAGUGCCAAGCCCGCCCUCACCUCCCCCGCCGCCCCGCGUCUACAAGCCCUGCUUUGUGUGCCAGGACAAGUCCUCAGGGUACCACUAUGGUGUCAGCGCCUGCGAGGGCUGCAAGGGCUUCUUCCGGAGAAGCAUCCAGAAGAACAUGGUGUACACUUGUCACCGGGAGAAGAACUGUAUCAUCAACAAAGUCACCCGCAACCGCUGCCAGUACUGCCGGCUGCAGAAGUGCCUGGAAGUCGGGAUGUCCAAGGAGUCGGUGAGGAACGACCGGAACAAAAAGAAAAAGGAUGAGAAGAAGCAGGAGUGCACAGAGAGCUACGUGCUGAGUCCCGACACAGAGCAGAUGAUUGACAGGGUUCGCAAGGCACACCAGGAUACUUUCCCCUCUCUCUGCCAGCUGGGCAAAUACACUACGACUAACAGCUCAGAACGACGUGUGUCCUUGGACGUGGACCUGUGGGACAAGUUCAGUGAACUGUCCACCAAGUGCAUCAUAAAGACAGUGGAGUUUGCUAAGCAGCUGCCUGGCUUCACAACGCUUUCCAUUGCCGACCAGAUCACUCUGCUCAAAGCCGCCUGUCUGGACAUCCUGAUACUGCGGAUCUGUACACGCUACACACCAGAGCAAGACACCAUGACUUUCUCAGAUGGACUCACGCUAAACCGAACCCAGAUGCACAACGCUGGCUUCGGUCCCCUUACUGACCUGGUUUUCGCCUUCGCCAACCAGCUCCUUCCUCUGGAGAUGGACGAUGCGGAGACAGGGCUGCUCAGUGCCAUCUGUUUGCUGUGUGGAGAUCGUCAGGAUUUGGAAGAGGCAGAGAAGGUGGACGUCCUGCAGGAGCCCCUUCUGGAGGCACUGAAGAUUUACGUAAGGAAGAGGAGGCCCCACAAACCGCACAUGUUCCCCAAGAUGCUGAUGAAGAUCACUGAUCUGAGAAGCAUCAGUGCUAAAGGAGCUGAGCGUGUCAUCACCCUGAAGAUGGAGAUCCCUGGCUCAAUGCCCCCUCUCAUCCAGGAGAUGCUGGAGAACUCAGAAGGUCUGGAAAGCGGCGCAGCAGGCGGCCGGCCAAGCGGUGCCCCCCCAGGCAGCUGCAGUCCCAGUCUGUCCCCCAGCUCUGCCCAAAGCAGUCCAGCCACACAAUCGCCGUAGUAGCGGCCCACCUUUUUAUUUUUCCUCACAAUGCUCUCUGUCUCCUCCCUCGAUGUUUUGAAGGGGAGGGUCGAAGGAGGGGGGCCUUGACUGUGACUGCUGAACACAGGAGACUGGCAGAGCCAACCUCCUCCUCUCCUAUGACACAAAUCCCCACCUCCUGAUCUACUUUCCCUCACUCUGGAGCACUGUCCUGACGUGAGGGGAGGUACGGCCGGGCCAGGCCCGAGGCAACAGGAUGCCUCCGAGAGACCACACCGUAAACACUGCUGAUGACUCCUCCCCCUUCUCCCUCCACUCUCCCCUCCACUGCUGCUCCUCCCCUCUCCACCUUUCUCCAAAAGACUGAUGGAAACAAAUCGAAAUGCAGUGGAGACCAGUUUUGAAAGGAACUGAGACUGGGUGGGGGCAUCGUGGGACAAACAUAUGGACAAGGACAAUGCAUACAGACUGACUUGACAAACACCAGACACUUUUUUUUCUUGUACUCCGAGGCAGACUGCAAGCUAGGGACUUGUCAAAAGACCCCCCUCCUCAAAGACUUUGGGUCUUUUCUCUUUUUCCAACUUCAAAAAACAGAUUUCGUACAAAAGAUAUAUAAAUAUAUAUAGAAAAGUUAAGGAACUAUUGUGAUUGACAUGUCCAGAACAGAAUGGCAGGUUGAAAUGAGGACAUGUUUUCUGAGAUUAGAAAUUGUUGUACUGCUUCACUGUUUGAAUCUUUUCGUACCCAUCAAGAGUAUUGAGAGAGAUGUUUCAGUUUUAUCACAUUUGUACAUCAUUCUAAUUAACAAAAAGCAAAAGAUGUUGAAAUUUCUCUCCAGUCGACACAUACAAACACACGCAAACAGACACAUAAACACACACAAAUGUGCACAGAAAACAAGUCGCAAUGAAUAUCACCUACUAUUCCAGGUUGGAUUUGUUUUCCUUUUUUCUUUUUUUUGUGCUUCCAAGAGAAUGGAAAAAAAAUGAUUGUAUGAACCCAGUUGUAUGAUAUGGUCACAGGUCCUUUCAAGAAAUCAAAUCAAAUUAAUGAAGAUUCAUUAUUAAGGUGUAUUUUAAGUAGCCUUUGAGUUUGUGUAUAUAAGCUGUAUUCAUUUCUUUGAAACCAUGAAGAGUUUUAGGCUUCACCUGAUUUUUUUUUUUUUUUUUAAGAAUACCUUUUAUGUGUUUUGUUUAUAGGUUUGUGAUUCAAGAAAAGACAUUUUGAGCACAUUUUACUGAAGGACGUUCUUUCAUGUUUUGUGUCUUACUAAAUACUGGACAGACCCUUAACCAAUCACUGGCUGUUCAGAAUGAGCUUUCACAAACAAUUUCAACCUUUGCCCCCACCCCACCCCCCUUCACUUUUAAAACAUGUUUUUUACGUACAGUAGAUAACAAAAGUAGCACUCCAGUUGGGGCAUAGCUUUUUUUUUUUGGCCAUGUAGCAGAAAGAGAUGGCGUUUCUGAAAAAAAUGGUGAGCUAGAUGCCAGAGUCAAGUGAGCUACAGCAGCCCAGCUUCAAAGACAGUUAAAAUGUGAAGAAUGGUGUGCAUACACACUGUAUUAAACACAAGUGAUUCUCAGUAGUCACUGAAUGGAUCAAGAAUCUGUAGUAGAUGGGGAAAUGACUAGAUUAUAGUAAUGCCUCUACUCUGUCAGUGGUCAGGCAAGUGAGGGUCCCAAAUGUGAUGUUUGUCAACUAAAUCCUCACAAAUCUCCCUGUGGUAGAAACCAAUAUGUGACUUUUUUUGCGGGAUCCAGAGCAACCUCACACCCUGUGACUCACUUUACGCCAAAACGCCUUCACGGUUAACACAAGUCAUCUAGACCUUCAUUACUGUACACACGCCAAUGUCUCAGGAAGGAAUCAUUUUUUGUGCUUGGCCUGUUCUUUGUAUAUGUUCUGUGCUGCACCCCUUAACCCUUCAAUCACAGAUGCACACAUACACACACUUCUGCUACUGAGCCCCUCAAUUUUUCUUCAAUCACUCACUUUUGUUAGGCCUGGCAGACCAGGGCUUGCGCAGAGAGACACUGACCCCGCAGCUUUACGACGUAGGAUGCCAGUGUGGAGUCUCUCUGAGUCGUUCGUGUGUUUUUAUUUGUACGGUCGAAGCUGCUUUCAUCAUUUAAGACUUAACCUGUCCAGAACGGCGCACAACGUUUCCCUCCACAGCUAAUCUGGAAUAGCAACAGACACACCGUCAGUUUGAGAAGUAUGGAAUAUGUUGCAAUUUUGUCAAGAUUAUCAAGCGACUUUGAAAAAAAAAAAACAACAAAAAAAGAUUAAAAAAUAAAACCAACAUUUAAUAAUUA